GAGCUAGCUGGUAGGCAGGGCCGGGCCAGGCAUGCGGCGGGCGCUGGCGGCGUGGUGCGUGGCGGCGGCGCUGUGGGCGGCGGCGCGCGCCUUCGUGCUCGAGGGCUCGCAGACGUCGUACGCGCAGUUCCGCAAGUGGAACGCCGGCCUCAACGGCACGCUCGAGCUCGAGUUCAAGACGGACCAGCCGAACGGCCUGCUGCUGUACACGGACGACGGCGGCACCUACGACUUCUUCGAGAUCAAGCUGGUGGAGGGCGCGCUGCGGCUGCGCUACAACCUGGGCGGCGGCGCGCAGAUCCUGACGGUGGGCCGCGACCUCAACGACGGCCACUGGCACAAGGUGGCGGUGCGCCGCAGCGGAGAGCUCACCUCGCUCACCGUGGACGGCGCGACGCAGGCGCGCGCCUCGCGCGGCUCCGACUUCCGCUUCGGCUCGCUCGAGUCCAACUCGGACGUCUUCAUCGGCGGCAUGCCCGCCUGGUACAGCUCCAAGCUGACGCUGCUCGCGCUGCCCAGCGUCAUCUUCGAGCCGCGCUUCGGCGGGGCCGUGCGCAACCUCGUGUACGCCGACGAGGAGGCGACGGCGCCGCGCCGCCAGGAGAUGAAGAUGAAGGACUUCAAGUGCGGCGGCUUCCACUGCGCAGGCGCGCCGGGCCGCUCGGCCAGGGGCAUCCGCGGGAACCUGACGGACGCGUGCGAGGACCACGACCCGUGCCAGCACGGCGGCAUCUGCAUCUCCACCGACAGCGGCCCCAUCUGCGAGUGCCGCAACGUCGACUUCGAGGGCAUCUUCUGCGAGAAAGACAAGGCGCCGUCCGAGGCGACGUUCCGGGGCGCCGAGUUCCUCUCGUACGACCUGAGCCGCACCGGCGGCGAGCCCAUCGUCAGCAACCAGGACGCCAUCUCGCUCGUCUUCAAGACGCGCCAGCCCAGCGGGCUGCUCUUCUACACAGGCGACAAGGGCGACUUCAUGAACGUGGCGCUGAAGGACGGCGGCGUGGUGCUGGCCAUGAGCCUGGGCAACGGCCGCACCGAGCUGGCCAUCAAGCCGCGCCGCGUGCGCUUCGACGACAACCAGUGGCACAAGCUGACCGUGCACCGCAAGAUGCAGGAGAUUUCAUCAGGCACUAGCUUCUGCAGGGUGACGGCGGUCGUGGACGGCGUGUACGCCGAGAACGCCUACCUGGCCGUCACCAACACCAUGCUGUCCUCGAGCCGCGUCUACGUGGGCGGCAGCUACAACACGCACGCGCUGCCGGGCUCCAAGGUGCGCUACAACUUCGUCGGCUGUCUCAGGAAGGUGGAGUUCACGGCGGACACGCUCAAGCUGAACCUGAUCGACCUGGGCCGGCGCGACAGCAAGCUCAUCGCCGUGGUCGGCCACGUCGACUUCAUGUGCCAGGAGGUCGAAGCCGCCGACCCGGUCACCUUCACCACCAGCGACUCCAACCUCGUGCUGCCCUCGCUGGAGUCGUCGCGGUCCAGCUCCAUCUCGUUCAAGAUCCGCACCAACGAGCCCAACGGCCUCAUCUUGUACAGCAGCGGGGCCAGCGCGCCGCACGCGGACUACCUGGCGUUCGAGCUGCUGAGCGGCCACCUGUACCUGCACCUGGACCUGGGCUCCGGGGCGGCGCGCGUCAAGGCGACGACCCGCCGCGUCGACGACGGCGCCUGGCACGAGGCGACGCUCAAGCGCUCCGGGCUCGAGGGCCGCGUCACCGUCGACGGCACCGCCUCCGACUUCACCACGCCAGGCGAGUCGCAGCAGCUGGACCUGGAGGGCCCGCUGUACGUGGGCGGGCUGGGCCCGGCGACGGCGGCCGUGCCGGUGCCGGCGGCGCUGUGGACCGGCGCGCUGCGCCGCGGCUUCGUGGGCUGCCUGCGCGACCUGGUGCUCAACGGCAACGCCGUCGACGUCGCCGGCUACGCGCGACACCAGGACUCCGGCGCCAUCCGCCCGUCGUGCCACGCGCAGGAGGCGCAGUGCAGCUCGCAGCCGUGCCUGCACGGCGGCGCCUGCUCCGAGGGCUGGAACCGCUUCAUCUGCGACUGCUCGGCCACCAGCUUCACGGGGCCCACCUGCGGCAAAGAGGCGACGACGCUGACGUUCAACGGCAGCCAGCUGGUGACGCUGACGGCGGCGGGCGAGGAGUGGCGCUGGCAGACGGAGGAGGUGUCGCUGCGCUUCCAGACGGCGCGCCCGCUCGGCCUGCUGCUGGCCACGGCCGCCGACAACUCGCACGACCGCCUCGAGCUCAGCCUGAUGGCCGGCCGGCUGCGGCUCGCGCUGCGCGUCGCCGACCGCGAGAAGGUGGUGGUGGCCGGCCAGGGCCUCAACGACAACCAGUGGCACACGGUGCGCUACUCGCGCCGCGCCACCAGCCUCAAGCUGCAGGUGGACGACGACGCGCCCAUCAGAGCGGAGGCGGCGCCGGGGCGCGGAGCGGUGCUAGAGGUGCGCGCCGUGCAUGUGGGGGCGGUGGCGGCGGCCAGCCCCCUGGCGGCGGCCGAGGAGGCGGCGGCCGGGGGCGGCGGCGGGGGCGGCGGCCCGGCGGGCUUCGUGGGCGCCAUGCAGCAGCUGUCGGUGAACGGCCGGCCCUACUUCGAGGUGGCGCGGGCGGCGGGCGGCGCCGUCGCCGCCCCCGGCUCGCACAGCCCCCGCAUACGCGUGACCGCCGCCUUCGGCAAGCGCGACCCGCAGCUCGUGCACAACCCCGUCACCUUCCGCUCCAAGCACACCUUCGUCGGCCUGCCCGUGCUCAAGGCCUACUCCGCCACCAACAUCUACUUCCAGUUGAAGACGCGCGAGGCGAACGGGCUGAUCCUGUACAACGGCGGGCGCGGCCACGACUUCGUGGCGGUGGAGCUGGUCAGCGGCCACCUGCACUACGUGUUCAACCUGGGCGACGGCGCGGUGCGCGUGCGCGACAACGCGCGCGCCCCGCUCAACGACAACCACUGGCACGCGGUCACCAUCGGCAGGCCGAGCGCGCGCCAGCACACGCUCAUGGUCGACGACAGCUUCGCCAUCGUGACCAGCCUCGGCACCAACGAGAACCUCGACCUCGCCGGCAUCCUCUACCUCGGUGGUGUCCGAAAGGAUAUGUAUGGGAGUCUUCCAAAGCAAGUAACAUCAAAACAAGGCUUCCAAGGAUGCCUGGCUAGUUUGGACCUAAAUGGAGAGUCACCAAGUCUCCUGCUUGAUGCUGUAGUGCCAAGUACUCAAGUUGCAUUAGGCUGUGAAGGUUCCAGCAAGUGCAGUCACAAUGUAUGUGCCAACAGAGGAGUAUGCGUGCAGCAGUGGAACUUUUAUGCAUGUGACUGUGAUAUGACAUCCUAUACAGGACCCACGUGUUCAGAUGAAUCUGUAGCUUUUGAGUGGGGACCAGAUCGAGGACUUCUGACAUUCCAAUACCCUGAAGGCCACAGACCCGAAAUGAAGAGUGAUGUGUUGGCUCUGGGGUUUAUCACAGGCCAGGAGGAUGCAGUGCUACUACGUGUGGAUAGUGGAACAUCCAAUGACUACAUGGAGCUCGAAAUUGUUGAGGGAAACAUAUUUAUGGUCUACAACAUGGGGACAAAUGAUCAUCCCAUUGGUGAAAUUGGAGUGAAAGUGAAUGACAAUCAGUACCAUGUGGUCCGAUUCACAAGGUCAGGAGCUAACUCAACAAUUCAAGUUGAUGAUUACAACAUUCAGACUAACCAUCCAGCCGGACAUCAACUAACAGUGUUCAACAGUCAAUCAAAAGUGCAAGUUGGGGGGAAAUGGAAUAAUUAUACUAAAAGGAUUGAGCGGCCAUUCUCUGGAGUGAUGGCAGGAAUAGUUUUCAAUGGCUUGCGCAUUCUGGACCUGGCAGCAGAAGGAGACGUGCGUACUACACUACGGGGAGACGUACGGCAGCUCACUGGGGGCCUACAUGAACGAAUGCGAGAAAAUCCACUCCUCCAACGUAUGCAGCAGACACCAGCAUCUGGACAUCCUGGAGUGAUGGAUGACCUUGUGUUCUCUGGUGCUGGGUCCGGAUGUAAUGCUGACGAUGAGGAUGAGUGCGAGCAAGUGUUUGAUCAUGGUUCAGGAGAUGACCUCAUCACGCCAGUGUAUGUGCCGCCCACCCGACCCCCCACCACCGUGACCCCCAAGUCACAGCAGAACGGCCGAGGACUAGCGACGGAAACGCCGGCAGCAAACGACGUGGACAACCUGACAGGCAGCACGUCCAGCCCCGAUCCCCACUCAAAGCCCCAACCUGAUGCAGGAUCAGCCAUCUCUCGAGCUGCUGAGAAUACGAUGGUCAUCAUUGCGUCGAUUGUUGGUUUGCUCGUCUUGCUCUGUCUGCUGCUGCUGCUCAUCCUCAGAAUUAAGGGACACAACAGCCACUCAGAUGGAAAAUAUGUGGUCAGGCAAAGUGACAGUUUCCACAAAUCCACAGGACCCAAUGCUGCUCUUCUGGCAGCAGCAGAAGUAGGAGAGCAGUAUCCAGAAAGUGUUAUUAACAUAAAAGACAAGGACAAAGAUGGGUUUAAGGAGUGGUACGUCUGAAAAUGUAACAGAGUGCCUCGAUUUGUAACCUACAUGAAAAUUUCUUCCAAAGACGAAUGGUUUUGAAGUGAAUAAAAUUUCAAACUUCAUUUUAGAAUCAAUUUGCUAUUACAUGCUGUGGCAACAUAUGCUGCAGGCCACAAAAAAUAUAAAUGGUGCUACAAGAAAUGAACUGUGAUGACAAGACAUAUAUUUUGCAUUAAUCAGAUAAAAUAAUAAGUUAUCAUUUAUACUUUGUAUUUGCAAAGCAUGAAGAUGAAAUGUUGCUUAUUCAUUGUUAUAUUACAUAAUAAAUAGCUUCUAUAAUGAACUGUUAGUGCACAAACUGUAUAAGAAUUAAACACAUAUAUAAACAGCUAAAGCAAUAUGAAACUGAGCUUACUGAUUCGAGGGUGGUUGCCAGAUCUUAUCACAACAAACACCUUUCUCACAAAUAUCACUAAAUCCACUAUGUCAUAUGUGUUUCUGCAACUGCAUGCAGCAAAACAUUUAACAUCAGUACUGUUGUUUUAAAUUUAAAUACAAAGAUUUAUUUCACACAAAGUAUAAGUUUCAGGAAUUGCUUACAAAUAACAAUGUCUCCUUUGUUCGAAUUACACAUGACAUCUAUUACAGUCACUAAAAAUUAUUUUAUAACUGUCAAUACUGACAGUUAAAAACAAUACAAUGUUGAUAUGCUAAAUACAGCUGCAAUUUGUGUGUUACAUACAAACUCAUGAAAGGGUUAUAAUAUUCCCUUCCAUCCAAGAACACACUGAAAAUUGAGUGUCAGCAGCAUAAAAACCUGUGAUGUCUGCAUGCAUUUUUAAGACAAAGAGGAGUACAGAGAAUAUCACAAUACUGAGUGCAUGGUCUGUAACAAUGCUUGUAUUUUCAAACAAGCAUUUUUAAAAGAAUUAAUUGAACCAGGAAGAAAAGAGAAACUACAAUAUUAGAAAUACCUUAUCGACUAGUAAUCAUAUUCAAACUGCACAUUUAAGAUUUUUUAUAAUAGUUACAUCAAAAGGAAAGUGCAUAUUGAUUAUAUGGAGAAUUAUUUUAUCCUAAUACUUUCUUUUGUAUUUUAUGUCAUUACAUCUGAUAGAGUGCACUUUCAUUGUGCACUAAUAUCACCACUAAUUACUAUAAACCUGUACAAGACACUUUUGCAAAAUAUUUAAAUAGUAACUUGAGAGAGACUGUGCAUACCUUCUGCAUGUACAUAAAUAACAUAUGGAUGUUGCACAAAGAAUGUUUAACUGACAUCAGGCUCUCAUGUGCUUCCAGUGUUCUUGAUUAAACCCAAACAUAUUUAGUUUAGUACCAUACUACCUUUGUACAAAUGUAACAAUCUGAAAGUGAAUGAAAACUCAAAUUGUGUAAAGCACUGCACUGCAUGUGGUAAAUAUUAUGUCACUAUCCCUUGCACCAUUAAGCAUGUGCAUGGAAUUUGUUCCCAAAACUGUUUAUUUGUAUAGUAAAUUGUGGCAGUACUGUAAAGCAAUGGUACUUUUGAGUCUUUGUGUUGUUUCCUAAUAUAUCACACAUUUAUAUCUUGCAUUUCAACACCAACUGAAAAUAGUGGUGAUGGUACAAAAGACAAAAUGUGUUCAGAAUAGCAAUACAAACAAUUAAUUAAUUAAUGAAGCCUGUUAUUACCAUCACUACAAUGCAGUUAAGUAAUACUGCAACACACUUUUUUAUAAAGUGUUCCUUACCAAAUCAAAAAAAAUCCACACAGCUUGCAGAUAUAGAUGUGAAAUACAAAUGUAUUCUUGUUAGUUAGUGCCUUUCUAUUAGUAAU